UUCAGAAAUAAAGUGAUACUGAUUGUUGUUAGUGUUCCCUAUAUUGGUGGCUAAGAAUCCUCCACAAAAUCGAAGGCGGAAAUGAGAAUAAAAAGGACCAAAACAAACAAGGAGAUCGUAUUUUUUGUUUGAGCUGGAAGCAAGUGAAGCCGGUUUGGUCAUCAGAUGCAAUCGCACUUUUAAAUAUUUUAAAGUUGCGUAUUCAUUUUAGUGACGUGUUAUUGAGUAUGCAUAUCGAACUGGGUGUGAAGAUUCAGACGUUGUGAAGCUUGAUUUUGGUUCGCCAGUAAUUCUGACUUGUUAUUUGUAAUUUUUGCGUUCACUGAGCACGGUCUUUCCCAUAGCCGAAAGAGAUGGUUGCCUUUGGGAAGAAGUUGAAAGACAGACAAAUUGAAGAAUGGCAAGGAUAUUACAUAAACUACAAACUCAUGAAGAAACGAGUCAGGCAGUAUGCCCAACAAAUUCAGCUUGGAACUCAAGAUCGGCGGCAUGUACUCAAGGAUUUCUCACGAAUGCUUGAUAAUCAGAUUGAGAAGAUAGUCCUUUUCCUGUUGGAGCAACAAGGGCUCUUGGCAAGCCGGAUAACAAAGCUUGGAGAGCAGCGCGAUGCUCUUCAGGAGGAGCCUGAAAUAAACAAAAUAGUUGAAUUACGAGAAGCUUAUAGAUCAUUGGGACAAGAUCUAUUAAAGCUUCUCUUUUUUGUCGAGAUCAAUGCUGUUGGUUUGCGAAAGAUAUUGAAGAAGUUUGAUAAACGCUUUGGCUAUAGAUUCACGGAUUACUAUGUCAAAACUCGUGCAAAUCAUCCUUACUCUCAGCUGCAACAAGUGUUCAAGCAUGUGGGAUUGGGAGCUGUUGUGGGAGCCUUGUCCCGCAAUCUUCAUGAACUUCAAGAUCGUCAGGGCAGCUACUUAUCAAUUUAUGAUCAGCCUACCCUUCCCCUCCAGGAUCCAGUAGUUGAUUCAAUAAAUGCAGCCGUUGAUAGGUUAACUAACUCAACAAACUUCCUUAGCUUUUUGGGGCAGCAUGCGCUCAUUAUGCAAGAAGAGCUUCCUAGCCCUACUGAGGAACAUGUUGAUGAUCAACGAUACAAUUUUAUGUCUCUUCUCCUGAACUUGGCAAACACAUUUUUAUAUAUGGUCAAUACAUAUAUUAUUGUCCCUACAGCAGAUGAUUACUCCAUGAGCCUUGGGGCUGCGCCAACAGUUUGUGGUAUUGUGAUUGGGGCAAUGGCUGUUGCACAAGUGUUUUCAUCAGUGUAUUUUAGUGCAUGGUCAAACAAGUCAUACUUUAGGCCUCUAGUAUUCAGUAGCAUAGUUCUUUUUCUUGGAAAUGUCAUGUAUGCAUUGGCAUAUGACGCUCGUUCAAUAUGGAUUCUCUUAAUUGGUCGCCUUUUAUGUGGAUUUGGUUCUGCCAGAGCUGUUAACCGGAGAUAUAUUAGUGAUUGUGUGCCAUUAAAAAUCCGCAUGCAAGCAUCAGCAGGUUUUGUUAGUGCCAGUGCUCUUGGAAUGGCUUGUGGUCCUGCAUUAGCUGGCAUACUGCAAAUUAAUUUUAAGGUUCACAAGCUUACAUUUAAUCAGAAUACCUUGCCUGGCUGGGUUAUGGCUGUUGCUUGGCUGGUAUAUCUGGCAUGGUUGUGGAUCACUUUUAAGGAACCUUCUCAUGCAGCUGAAGAGGAUCAUACACCACAUCAAUCAAAUGAUGAAGUAAACAGUACACUUGAAAAAGGCCUAAAGCAACCAUUGCUGAUUAGUUCAGAGACUAAGGUAGAUGAAGACGCUGACCAAGAUUGUGAUGAUAGUGAAGAAGCUCCAGAGGAAUCUCGCCAGCCAGUCAAUUCAAUUGUAGCAGCAUAUAGACUCCUCACACCUUCAGUAAAGGUUCAAUUAUUGAUAUAUUUCAUGCUCAAAUAUGUUAUGGAGAUUUUGCUAUCGGAAUCCAGUGUUGUUACAACAUAUUACUUCAACUGGUCUACAAGCACAGUUGCAGUUUUUCUUGCUUGCCUUGGCUUGACAGUUCUUCCUGUAAAUAUUGUUGUCGGAAGCUAUAUAAGCAACAUGUUUCAGGACAGGCAAAUUCUGUUGGCAUCAGAAAUUAUGGUUCUCAUAGGUGUUGUACUGAGUUUCCAAGCCAUCAUUCCAUAUUCUGAGCCACAAUACAUCUGUUCGGGUCUCCUUUUAUUUGUUUCUGCAGAAGUACUUGAAGGUGUCAACUUGUCACUGCUUUCGCGAGUAAUGUCAUCAAGACUUUCUCGUGGAACCUAUAAUGGUGGACUUUUGUCUACAGAGGCUGGAACACUUGCUAGGGUGGUUGCUGAUGCAACUAUUACCUUAGCAGGGUAUGUGCGUCAGAGUUUGCUCCUUAAUGUGACCCUCAUUCCUUCACUCUUCAUCUGCAUAACUUCCAUCCUUGCAACCUGCUUUACCUACAAUUCUUUAUAUUGAGUUCUGUCUCUGAUGCUGAUAUUGAGAUGAAAAGAGGAGAAUGUUCUUCAGCAAAACCUCAGCCUCCUCACCAAUUGGCCCUGCAUUCUUUCCCACAUUCAAUAUUUUUUAUCAAUAAAGUCUUCAGUGGCUCCAUAAAGUUGGAAAAGUAGCUAAGGCUCAUUUUCUGUAGAUUGUUCAGAUGUGUAUUCUUCUUAGUAUGGAUUUCUGUGUUGUCAUCUUAUCAUUUUGCUGUAGAGAUGAAUUGCUUUGUUGUCUUUUGAUAAUAGAUCUCUGAAUGGCAGAAAUGAAAUGAAAUGCUUGUUAUUAUCU